GGCUGGGGAAACAAUUUAAAAAAGAAGCAUGAUAAUUCGUACUUUUAGAUUAUAAUGUUUUAGAAAUAAUCACUGAAAUACACCUAAAACUGUAAUUGAUCGGUAAAAGAUUGAAAUAAUAACAAAUAUGAAAUUUAUGAAAAGCGAGGUGUACAGUUCAUUUCAUAAAAUUCAAAGGAAAAAAAAAAUAAACGUCGCAUAAAAUGUGUAUAGUUUACGUUUCCAAAAAUUGCGUGUUAUUUAAGGUAAUUACGUUCACAGCAACCCAUACCUGCCAUGAUUGUAAAACAAACAUCUCUCGCCUGGGCCAAUUGAAAACUGGCUUUAAAUGGUUGAUGGAAGUAGCCAUAAAAAUUAUCUGUGUAAUGAAUAAAAUUAUUUUGGGUUUGCUUUCAACAGAGCUAUAGAAAAUCUACAACAUCUGUCCUACUCUGUAUUACGAGAGAAUAUGUUCUUGUUGGUUUCAAGGGAGUUAGUGUCAGAGGUAAUUAGAACUACUGUGGGGUUUGAAUAAAUCUCUCGUCAUGACAGGCACAUCAAAGCGAAACGGCUCAAAGAUCUUGUCCAGCGGUUUACGCUAAUACGAGUCGAGAGUAGAGCUGUCUUCUAAUCGAAGCCACAGCCAUAACAGGAUUAGCAGCUAGUCGAUGUUUCCAAUUGGAAGCACACUCAUGACCAAACAGUGCUAAUAUAUGGCGAUUGGAAAAGCAAAUAAGAAGAAAUGAACCUCAAGCGAUAGCACCAUCCGCUUUGUCUAAAGAAACCGCUUUACGUGGACUACUGCAAAUUCCUUCCAAAACGAGUCAGAAAAGACACGAAAAGACAGGUCGACUGCGGCGAGCUUAUUAGUAAGGGCGUAAAAGGCAAAUCUACGAUAAGCCUGGCCAAUGAGAACCUUUACCACAAUAGAAGAGAGAAGUCUCCUUUGAAACAAACCAUAUGGUAAUUUCUUCUUUUUGUUGCAAUUCUUUCAAUUCAAUCGUUUGUAUGCUCGAACACGUGGCUUCGGUUUAUCUUUGUGAUCAUCGUGAAGCUUGUUUGAAGAAGACUCGAAAACACCAACACCUCAAAUCUGCGCUCCAGCAGAAAAGGUCACAACAAACUCAACAUUGCCCCUGAAAAAAAAAAAACAACAACAACAACAACAACAACGAAACAUAAACAUAGAACCUGGGAGUGCUACCACGCUCGAGGGGAAGGCACGACAGGAUUUUAAACUGGCUUUCAGAAAGACAAAGCGUAACCGAGAUUCUGGUGGGGAAAUCGCCAAUGUUUCACUCAAGCAUUUCAGGCGUAUUAUUGAAGAAACAUCACGUCUCUAACAAUAACAAGUUGCAACGAAAAUCACUUCUUGAGUACCCCAGGGCCUCAAUUGGGUCUGCUCUAAGCGGCAGGCGCGUGACGGCGGAGUCGUUUGGCUCCACUAACGACCGGCGUUUAACGAUCAACGUCAGCGGGAUCAAGUUUCAAACGUGGCAGAGCACGUUGCUGCGUUUUCCGAAUUCUUUGCUCGGAAGCAGCGAGACGAUGAAACAAUUUUAUGACGACCGACGGAAGGAAUACUUUCUCGAUCGAGAUCCGUAUUUGUUCAAAUUUGUUUUGAAUUAUUACCGCUACGGUAAACUACACUGUUCACAGGAAGACUGUCCCGCAGCGUUCGAAGAGGAAUUGCAAUUUUAUGGAUUUUCGAUUUACGAUGUUGACAAUUGUUGCUGGGAUCACUGCAGUGCUAAAGAGAGAUCUGUCCUUGUUGAAGGUGACGAAGACGAACUCAAAGGGGAAUCUAUCAAUUGCCAUGGAAAUUUAUGCGACCUGCACUGUGAACCAAAACUUUCGCUGCGGCAGAAAAUUUGGCGGACAAUAGGCCCUUCAAAGACAACGAAAACAGGAGUAAUAUUUCAUAUCAUAUACGGGUUUUUUAUAUUCGUUAGUGUAUUAAUAGCGUCAUUGGAGACAUUACAAUGCGGGGAGAAUUUGACGUGCGGCGAAGCGUACCACAAAAUCUUCUUCACAGUGGAGUCAAUAUGCGUUGUUAUAUUCACAGUCGAACUUUUGAUUCGGUUUUACGUUUGCCCGAAGAAGAAGAAAUUUAUGUUGGACGCCAUGAAUGUGAUCGAUACGUUGGCGAUUCUGCCUUAUUACAUAACCUUGGUUGUGACAAGUUUUGGAGUGGAAACAAGCUUUCUUCAAAUACUGAAAGUGCUACGAGUGAUUCGGAUUCUGAAACUCACGAGGAAUUCGCGAAGACUGCGCUGCUUAUUGCUUACUCUUCGUCGAUGUGCCGUAGACAUAGUCUUCCUUUACUGUAUUUGUUUCUUGGCAAUUAUUCUAUUUGGAACAGCAAUUUACUAUUUGGAGCUCGCGGAGGGUGAUCCAAAGUUCUCCAGCAUUCCGGAAUCAUUUUGGUACAUCUGUGUCACGCUUAUGACUGUCGGUUAUGGUGAUGUAGUGCCUUCGUCUGUUCUUGGUAAGAUCGUCGGAUCCGUUUGUUGUGUUUCUGGUGUUGUGUUACUCGCGUUACCGAUUCCCAUACUGCAAGAGAAGCAAGUUCCUUGCACGCUGGCGUCUGUGACGUCACGAAAGCGGCGGAGACCAGAGAAGACUAUUAACGAGUGUGCAUCCUGUUUAGAGGAAAACCGCUGUUCAUUAGCACAGAUCGUCACUAAUGGCGGAGUCAAUGGAGAAAGCUCAAAGUUAAUGGAAAAUCACACUUGAAGAGUAAAUCUCCAGAAAUUUCAUCUAUCUUUCAAAGAAAUAAUCGCAAUCGGUUUGGUCUCGAACGUGAUUUAAAUGUUAAAAGAAAACUUUUUUUACAGUUUUGGCACUACUUCUUUAAUCUUGAAAUAAUUUGCUAAGAGCUAUCGUCCUCAACUUCUCUAAGCGAUAGCCUGCGCGGUUUGGUUUCGCUCAUAGAAAACUCGAGAACCUACAAGAAUGGACAAGUUUGCACUUCGGGUGCUUUUGCACACACGCUAGACGCGAAUACAACUUCACCUGUCUGACCUCUCCCCCCACCCCACAUACAAUUUUGAAAACUAGCACCUGAAAUUUUUUUGUGAUUUUCAACAUUGUAUUGGGUGGGGAGGGGGAACAGCAAUUCGUUUUUCAAAGGAUAGCAGCGACCUU